AUGGAAGGCGGGGCAACCAUGCUUUAUUAUACAAACAUUGACUGGGAAUUGACUGAACGUCCUUUUAUGGUCGUUCUUCAGUUGAAUGAGAGUGAGCCUACUGGUAUUCACACGACGAUUGUCACACCUGCCUUUGAAGCAACACGUGCAGUUAAGAGUGUAAAGGAAGCAAACUUACCUAACGAAAUUCAACCUAAAUUUGUAGAAUGGCUUGAGGAUCGUUCUCCCUUUGAUGUUCUCAAGACUAUUCUUAUUCAACCUACCACCACAAUUGACGACGACGACGACAACAACAACAACAACAGAAGAAGAAAAAGACAGCAACCUAUUAUUUUCGUUGAACAAAAUGUCCGUUUAUUCGUUUUCCAAGGCAUCUCAGACGCUUUGUUGACGGGAAAAGUCAUGAUGGCGCCUCGAUUCAUCCGUAUGUUGCGCAUGGUGAAAUCAAAUUCUGAGCUUGAAAUAAUGCGAUGUGCUAACAAGGUGACUGAAUUAGCCAUUCGUACCGUUCGUCCACAUGUCAAGAUAGGCAUGACAGAAUUGGAUAUCCAACGUUUAAUGGAAAACGCGCUUCAUACUGCUGGAUUGACAAAGACUUGGGUUUUAGCUCUUAUUGAUGAAAAUGCAGCGCUUCCGCAUGGAUCUUCUAGUAUGAAAAAGGUGACUGGACAUAGUAGUGUUUUAAUUGAUACAGGAGGAGAAUUAUUAGGAUAUCAAUCUGAUUGUACAAGGACUUUCUUUAUGGGGGCAAGAGGAUAUAAUCAGACAAUUGAAGAUGCUUGGUAUCUCGUUCGUCGUGCUCAGGAAAAUGUAUUGAAUCAUACAGAGGCCAACAUGACCUGUGCCCAAGUUGAUUUAACUGCACGUCAUAUUAUUGAUAAAGCUGGAUAUGGACUUUAUUUUACACAUCGUCUUGGUCAUGGUAUUGGUAGAGAAAUGCAUGAAGAACCUUAUAUGAAUCAAGGCAAUAAAGCACAACAUUUAGUGCCGGGAAUUACCUUCAGUGUCGAACCUGGAAUAUAUGUGCCACAAGAGUUUGGUAUUCAUUAUACAGAGGACUAUGAUGAUUAUGAUGAUUACGAUGAUUAUCUCGAUGAUGAGCUUAAUGAUGCUGAUAUGUGGGAUACUGCUACUGGAGAUUUUACUAAACAAUACAAUAAACUACGACAACAGAUUGCGCCUUCUCCCAAUACAGAUAAGCCUGCACCCGUAGUCAAUAGAAAGAUAGCUCCUAUAGCAGUACGUAGUAAAGCUGGCAAUGCUCAAACUAAUUCAAGCACAGCUGAUAAAAAGCAAAUGUUAGAAAGCCAAAUUGACAGUUUAGGACAUUUUGCUAGUCGUAUUCAUAUUGAUGAUUAUAAUCCUAGUAAGAUAUCCUCCUCUGUUGCAAGUGAUAUUAAAUUAAGUUCUAAAAAAGCCAGUGGAGACAAGACAAUUCAAAAAGAUAAAGCAGAUCGUGCUACAGUUGAACAAGUACUUGAUCCUCGUACACGUAUCAUUCUUUUUAAAAUGUUAAAUAGAGGGAUAUUUUAUGAAAUUAAUGGAUGUAUAAGUACUGGCAAAGAAGCGAAUGUAUACCAUGCAAUGACAGAGGAUGGACAACAUAGAGCUAUUAAAGUCUACAAGACCUCUAUCCUAACUUUCAAGGAUCGAGAUAGAUAUGUUACAGGAGAAUUUCGUUUUAGACAUGGCUAUUCUAAAUCAAAUCCAAGAAAGAUGGUUAAAGUAUGGGCAGAAAAGGAAAUGCGUAAUUUAAGACGUCUUCAACAAGCAGGCAUUCCUUCACCUAAUGCACUUGUGUUAAGAAUGCAUGUAUUAGUGAUGGAAUUUUUGGGUGAUAAAAAUGGAUGGGCUUAUCCUAGAUUAAAAGAUGCAAAUAUUGAAGCGUCAAGAUAUCCAGCACUUUAUUAUCAACUUGUAAAGAAUAUUCGUACAAUCUUCUUUUCUCAAUUUUUUAUUUUUUUUAACAGAUAUCAUUCACGUAAAUUAUAUAUUAUUGAUGUAUCGCAGUCUGUUGAACAUGAUCAUCCUCAUGCUUCAGAAUUCUUGAGAAAAGAUCUUUCAAAUGUGACAGAUUAUUUUGCAAAGAAAGAUGUUCGAGUGAUGAGUGUAGUCGAUCUUUUCAAGUUUGUUACUGACAUGUCAUUUGGUAAUGAAGAAGAAGAAGUAGAUGCAAGACUAGAAAAGAUUCAAGAAGAGAUGAAUAAUAAUCCAAAUAAAGAAAUUAACAAAACUGAAGAUGAGAUUUUUGUAAAAUCUUAUAUACCAACUACAUUAGAAGAAGUGAUUGAUAUUGAAAGAGAUACUUUAAUAGUUGAACAAGGAAAAGCAAAGAAUCUAGUCUAUGCUGAUUUACUCGGUACAGGCGUCACUUCCACCCUAGAAAAGUUAAAUAUCAGUGAUGAUGAAGAAAAAGAUCAAGAUGAUCCCAUCUCAGAAGAAGAAGAAGGAAAUGAAGAUGAAAGUGAAUCUUCUUCAGAGGAAGAUGAUGAAGAAGAAGAUAAAAAGAUGAAAAAGCCAAGAGGGAAAAAGAAUGAAGAUAAAGAUGAGAAAAGAGAAAGAAAACAAAAGGCAAAAGAAGAAGCUAGAGAACGUAGAAAACAUAAGAUUCCAAAAGCAGAGAAAAAGAGAAAGAUCAAAACUAGUAGUAAAAAGAAGAAAUAA